AGCUCUUAAUAGCCAUAAUUUGGUAAUUCCAGCCAACUGUGCGAUAAGAUAUCGCCUGCGUGGUUCGAUCUCCGGACUCUGGAUACAGUUUCCCCGGCAGCUGCACAAAAUUCGCCGCGAUACCGAUGCAGGUGCUAUCUAAUCUGUACCGCAGCCCGAUUCGGGUUGGAUCGAACGGGAAGUUUGGCCAAGGGAGCGGCGCGAAUGGCGGAGUGGCUAUCAGCCGAGUGAGUAGCCAUAAAGGCAGUAGAUUAGCUCUUGACGGCUACGUUUCGGCCGGAGAUUUCGACUGGCGUGCGAUUAGGCGGCGUUUAGUAGCCAUCCAGCUGCCACGAAGCAAGCGACUUCCCAGAAAUGGCCGAUCUGCGUCCCCUGAGCGCCGAACUCCGCCAGAUAGCGGAGAAGGAGCUGAACGAGGUGGAGGACCGCCUGCCCGCCGACCUGGCGGCUCUGCGGGACUGGCUGGCCAAGCAGCCGCAUCUGAGGGCCCGGCAGGACGACCAGUUCCUCGUCGGCUUCCUGCGCGGCUGCAAGUUCAGCCUGGAGAAGACCAAGUCCAAGCUGGACCACUUCUACACCAUCAAAACGCUCAUGCCGGAGCUCUUCGGCAGCCGAUUGGUGGACGAAAGGAGCCUGGCCCUCUGCCGCACGGGAACUUAUGUCCGACUGCCAAAGCCCUGGGGACCCGGUGGCCCCCGGCUGCAGCUCACAAACUACGAGAAGUUCGACCCGAAGCAGUUCAAGCUGUUGGACCUCUUCCGCUACCAGACGAUGGUCUCGGAGCAGGCCAUCCGCGAGGACGACAACAGCAACGUCAGCGGCUACGUCGAGAUCAUCGACAUGGGCAAGAUGAGCCUCAGCUUCCUGGCCCAGCUGGACUUCACGCUCAUCAAGAAGAUGGGCAUUUUCGCCGAAAAGGCGCAGCCCACCCGCCUGAAGGGCGUCCACCUGAUCAACUGCCCCAAGGAGGGAGUGGCGCUGCUCAACCUGGCCAAGAGCCUCAUGCCCAGCAAGCUCCAGCAGCGGUUUCACGUGUACAAGAACCUGGACCAGCUGAACGAGGUGAUACCCCGCGAAUACCUGCCGGAGGAGUAUGGCGGCAGCAACGGACGCAUAGCCGACAUCCAGGCGGAGGCGGAGCAGCAGCUGCUGGCCUACAAGAGCUACUUCGCGGAGGACUCCCGGUUCGGAGUGGACGAGCAGCUGCGACCGGGGAAGCGGGUCAGUGCCGACUCCAUUUUCGGCGUGGAGGGGUCCUUCCGCAAGCUGGACAUCGAUUGAAGUCAGAACUCUCUGACUGCAAACAAGAGUUUUUCGAAAUUAAAGGCAGCAUCUGCAAUCCUGAA